UAUUUUUUGUAUUGUUUAUUAUCGAUUCUCGCGUUUAUUACUGUGUUUACUGCCUGCGUACCAAAGAUUUAAUUUUGAUAUUGCUGCCCUUUUCGAAUAUUCUUAAAAUAAUUUAUCAGUGUUAUUUUUAAAUUAUUUACCAAUUUUCUUUUAAAUAUCACCAUAUAUUACGGUUAAGAAUACUGACGACAAAAUGCAGAUCUUUGUGAAAACUUUAACGGGAAAAACCAUUACUUUGGAGGUCGAACCUUCAGAUACCAUCGAAAACGUAAAAGCUAAAAUUCAAGAUAAAGAAGGUAUUCCCCCAGAUCAGCAACGACUGAUCUUUGCUGGAAAGCAAUUAGAAGAUGGACGUACACUAUCUGAUUAUAAUAUCCAAAAGGAAUCUACUCUUCACUUGGUCUUACGUCUCCGUGGUGGUAUGCAAAUUUUUGUCAAAACCUUUACAGGCAAAACCAUCACUUUAGAAGUUGAACCUUCAGACACCAUUGAGAAUGUUAAGGCGAAGAUUCAGGACAAAGAAGGAAUCCCUCCAGAUCAACAGCGUUUGAUCUUUGCUGGUAAACAGUUGGAAGAUGGCCGCACCUUAUCAGACUAUAAUAUUCAAAAGGAAUCCACCCUCCAUCUUGUACUCCGUCUUCGUGGUGGCAUGCAAAUCUUCGUUAAAACACUUACUGGCAAAACUAUUACACUGGAAGUGGAGCCUUCAGAUACCAUUGAAAAUGUUAAAGCUAAGAUUCAAGAUAAAGAGGGGAUUCCUCCAGAUCAACAACGUUUAAUAUUUGCUGGCAAACAGUUAGAAGAUGGCCGCACCUUAUCAGACUAUAACAUUCAAAAAGAAUCCACCCUUCACCUUGUACUCCGUCUUCGUGGUGGCAUGCAAAUCUUCGUAAAAACACUUACUGGCAAAACUAUUACUUUGGAAGUGGAACCCUCUGAUACCAUUGAAAAUGUUAAAGCCAAGAUUCAAGAUAAAGAGGGCAUCCCUCCAGACCAACAACGUCUAAUAUUUGCUGGCAAGCAAUUGGAAGAUGGCCGUACCUUAUCUGACUAUAACAUUCAAAAGGAAUCUACUCUACACUUGGUUUUACGUCUUCGUGGUGGCAUGCAGAUCUUCGUUAAAACACUUACUGGUAAAACUAUUACUUUGGAAGUGGAACCCUCUGAUACCAUUGAAAAUGUUAAAGCCAAGAUUCAAGACAAAGAGGGCAUCCCUCCAGACCAACAACGUCUAAUCUUUGCUGGCAAGCAGUUGGAAGAUGGCCGUACUUUAUCUGACUAUAACAUUCAAAAGGAAUCUACUCUACACUUGGUCUUACGUCUUCGUGGUGGCAUGCAAAUCUUCGUCAAAACACUUACUGGCAAAACUAUUACUCUGGAAGUGGAGCCCUCUGAUACCAUUGAAAAUGUUAAAGCUAAAAUUCAAGACAAAGAGGGCAUUCCUCCAGACCAACAACGUCUGAUCUUCGCCGGCAAGCAGUUAGAAGAUGGACGCACCUUGUCCGACUACAACAUUCAAAAGGAAUCGACUCUGCAUUUGGUACUUCGUCUCCGCGGUGGUAUGCAGAUCUUCGUGAAGACUCUUACUGGAAAGACCAUCACUUUGGAAGUGGAACCCUCAGACACCAUUGAGAAUGUGAAGGCCAAGAUUCAGGAUAAAGAAGGUAUUCCCCCUGACCAACAGCGUUUGAUUUUCGCGGGUAAACAAUUGGAGGAUGGACGCACCUUGUCCGAUUAUAACAUCCAAAAAGAAUCAACCCUACAUUUGGUACUCCGUCUCCGCGGUGGUAUGCAGAUCUUCGUGAAAACCCUUACGGGUAAAACCAUUACCCUCGAAGUUGAGCCUUCUGACACUAUUGAAAAUGUCAAAGCCAAGAUCCAGGAUAAGGAAGGUAUUCCCCCAGAUCAACAACGUUUGAUCUUUGCUGGUAAACAACUGGAGGACGGCCGUACUCUCUCCGACUAUAAUAUUCAAAAAGAGUCAACAUUGCAUUUAGUUCUUCGUUUGCGAGGUGGUAUGCAGAUUUUUGUUAAAACUUUGACUGGGAAAACUAUAACAUUGGAGGUUGAACCAUCUGACACCAUAGAAAAUGUUAAAGCUAAAAUUCAAGACAAGGAGGGUAUUCCCCCUGAUCAACAACGACUUAUUUUUGCUGGUAAACAGCUUGAAGAUGGAAGAACACUGUCCGAUUACAAUAUUCAAAAAGAAUCUCUUUGCACUUGGUUCUUCGUCUUCGCGGUGGCUAUUGAUUUAUAUGCGGUCCAGUAUUAAAUAUGUUUCAUUCAUAAAUUCUGAUAAAGUAUUAAACAUUCAAAAUUUCUCGUCAAUUGUAAUCAUUCCUUUUUCUAUACUAAAUGAACCAUUAGCUUGAUUAAAUAUCUUCUACUUUAAUUUGUGUGUUCUUGCUUAUUUAUUUAGGGUUCAUACCUAGCAAACAUUCCUUGUUCUGUACUAUAGUAAAUGAACCAUAGCUUGAUUAAAUAUCUUCCACUUUAA